UCUUUCUGAUAAGCCACAUCGACCCUGGAAGGUUGUGUGAGUUGUUUAGAUACGUAUAAAGAGUCCAUUUCCUGUAUAUAAUGGAUAAGAGAUGUGCAUUCUUGAGUGCAGUGACUGUCAUGCUGGCCGCUGUAUGUUUAAAAGGCUCCGUUUGUCAAGUGUACAGCUGGAGUGUUCCUGCCCCACUCAACAUCAGUGUGUGUAGCAACAGCCUGAGUUACCCACUGACAUUGGAUUGGACUUACACUCCCUCAACUCCAGAUCCAUUGAUUAUAGAAUGGUCAAAACAAGGAACAAACAGAAUACUUGAUAACAUUGCAACAAAUAUUAGUGGUACAUUCAUACCAAGUGCUGCAUACACUGGAAGAGUCACAAGAACAGGAAGUACAGCAGAGAUUGCAAUACAAGGUCCACUGACAGCUGCAGAUGCAGGAAUAUAUCAGGUUUCUGUGACAGACAGUGGUGGACACAAUUUACCUGGUUUUGCAAAUGUGAUCUUUCCAGUUGUAAAUGAACCUAUCAAGGGAUCCUGUGUGGAGACUGCCCCUGAUAGCUACACUGUGACCUGCUCAGGAGAUGUGUCACCGCCUGUCACACUGCAGUUAAAGAAGGGAAGUGAUUUCGUUGACUCAGCUUCUUCCGAUAGUGAGUUGAGCCAGACAGUGAGCAGUGCUGGCACCUACCAGUGUUCUGUGACUGGACAGGGAUCAGAGUGUGUGACACCAAACUCCGAGGAAGUAAUCUGUACCUCUGCGCCAACCACGAGGAUGACCUCAACUCUCUGAACCGACUGAAGACUGACUGAGUUUAGUUUUACGCCGCUUUUAGCAAUAUUCCAGCAAUAUCACGGCGGGGGACACCAGAAAUGGGCUUAACACAUUGUGCCCAUGUGGGGCUCGAGUGUCGAGCUUGUCAUCUGAUACACCGGAGACAUAUUUCUGACAGGAGCUUAUCAUCUGACACACCGGAGACAUAUUUCUGACAGGAGCUCAUCAUCUCAUACACCGGAGACAUAUUUCUGACAGGAGCUUAUCAGCUGAUACACCGGAGAGAUAUUUCCGACAGGCGCUUAUCAUCUGAUACACCGGAAAAAUAUUUCUGAGAAAAGCUUAUCAUUUGACACGCCAGAAUGCUUGCAUUAUAGAUUAAAGUAAUAUUGCUUUACGCCUCAUCA